GCCUAUCGUGGACUUCCGGUGUAAACUGAGAAAUGCAAAGAGAAAAUGAGGUAUAUAUUUUGCUGGCUGAGACGGAUUUUGAUUGAUAUAGAUCAAAUGAUGAUCUCAAGAAAAUAUUCUACCUAGGAAAUCAAAUCAAGUUUUCUUUUCUUUUGGAUCCACCUUGCUGUGAAGAGGUGAGGAUCAUUGAAAAAGAAGUUGUAAGAAAAAAACUUAACCUGUCAAACUUAUUUGUUUGUGAGAACAUAUGCUAAAUCAUAAAGGAAAAUAAAUUGUCAUAUAUAUCCAAUCAAGUAAAUUAAUAAGUAAUAAGAUAGAACCUUGUUCUGGAUGUGUCCAGUAGAUACACAUGUAAUUCAACACAUGCAGAUGCAGUAUCUGUUGUUAGCAUUUCAAGAAUGGAAAAAUCUUAUCCAUAUACAGAAGAUCUGAAGAGUGAAGGAGUUGAAAAAGAAACAAGUUUUGAAGAAAAUAGUCUUCACUGCUGUGAUGUCUGCGGUAAGGGUUUUACGCUGGCACAUGCACUAAAACGUCACCACAUGACACAUACAGGAGAUAAACCAUACAAGUGUGAUGUUUGUGGUAAGGCGUUUAGUCAAGUGGGUAGCCUAAAUAGACACAACAAGAUUCAUAAAGGAGAAAAACCACACAAGUGUGAUGUCUGUGAUAAAAGUUUUUUUCAGACAUGUGACUUACAGAGACACAUUAGAACACACACUGGAGAAAAGCCAUACAAGUGUAAUAUCUGUGGUACAGGUUUUAAUGUCAUCACCUGCCUAAAGUCACACUACCGGAUACACACAGGAGAGAAGCCAUACAAGUGUGAUACCUGUGGUAAGAACUUUGCAAAAGUAUGUACACUUCAGACACACCAAAGGAUACAUACAGGAGAAAAGCCAUACAAAUGUGAUGUCUGUGGUAAAAGAUUUAAUCAGGCAGGUAGUUUAAAGAUACAUUACAUGUCUCACACAGGAGAAAAGCCAUACAAAUGUGAUGUCUGUGGAAAAGUAGUUAGUACAACAGGCAGUAUGAAAAAACACCUUCUGAUGCAUACAGGAGAGACACCAUACACGUGUGAUGUCUGUGGUAAGGGGUUUAUACAGAAAUGUAACCUGAAGAUGCACUCUAUGAUUCAUACUGGAGAAAAGCCUCACAAGUGUGAUAUCUGUGGGAAGGGGUUUAUUCAGAUAGCUAACCUACAUGCACACCAAGCUGUACAUACAGGAGAGAGACAAUAUGAGUGUAGUGUUUGUGGGAAGAUGAUCAAGACAUUAAGAAACUUUAGGACACACCUCAAAUUGCAUACAGGAGAGAAGCCGUACAGUUGUGACGACUGUGGUAAGGGGUUUGAUCAGGCCAGUGACCUACAGAAACACAUCAGGACAUGUACCAGCACGGGAAAGAAGCCAUACAAAUGUGAUGUCUGUUGUAAAGGCUUUAUAAAGAAAUCUAACUUGCGUGUACACCAAAUGGUACAUACAAAAGAUAAGCAAUAUAUAAGGAGUUCAAGGAAAAUGUUUGAAAUAGAAUGUUGUUUCGAAGGAAAUACGACCAAUACAGUGGAAAAGCCAUACGAUUGUGAUGUAUGUGGUAAGGCGUUUAGUCAGGUGGGGUACCUAAAUAAACACGCCAAGAUACAUACAGGCGAGAAGCCAUACACGUGUGAUGUCUGUGGAAGGAGGUUAGGUUCGUUAACCUGCCUGAAGUCACACUAUCGGAUACAUACAGGAGAGAAACCAUUCGUGUGCGGUUUUUGCAGUAAGAGCUUUUCGAGGGCAUGUACACUACAGGCGCACCAACGGACACACACAGGCGAGAGGCCAUACCAGUGUUCUGUCUGUGGUAAGGAGUUUAAAAGUACAAGCAAUCUAAAUAUACACUACAUGACACACACAGGUGAGAAGCCAUACAAGUGCGAUAUCUGCGGAAAGGAGGCUACUACGAAAGACAAAAUUAAGCAACAUCUUUUGAUGCAUACAGGAGAGAAACCACACAAGUGUGAUGUCUGUGGUAAGAGGUUUAAUCAGGCAGGUAAUUUAACAACGCACCUUAGAAUACAUACAGGAGAUAAGCCAUACUCUUGUGAUGUCUGUGGUAAGGGUUUUUAUCAAAAAGGUAAUUUGCAGAUGCACUUUAUCACCCAUACAGAAGAGAAGGCAUUCUCGUGUGAUAUUUGUGGUAAGGACUUCAGUCACAAAUGUAAUCUAACGAUGCACCUAAGGACACAUACGGGAGAGAAACCAUACAAGUGUGAUAUCUGCGGUAAGGUGUUUAGUAGGACACAAAACCUGCGGUCACACAAUAGGACACACACAGGAGAGAAGCCUUACAAGUGUGAAGUUUGUGGUAAGGGUUUUAUUCAGGGUGGUGACCUACGCAGACACCUCAGGACACAUUCAGGAGAGAAACCUCACAAGUGUGAUGUCUGUGGUAAGGCAUUUAUUACAAAACAGAAUUUAAGUGUUCACCAAACGACACAUGCAGAGAAGGACAAUAUGAGUGUGAUGUUUUUGGAAAACUGAUAAAGCCAACAAGACACGCCCCUUCUAAUUAGACACACACGUAUUACGGACUCCCGGAGGACGAUGCCUGUAGCAACGACCUUGUUCAACUUAAUCAUUGUAGCUAUUUUUAGGCAUUGGAUUAUGUUGACUGUUUUAAGACAUUGUUGGAGUAUUUUGUCAAAUACAGUGGCAUUAUAAACAACCCAGAACGUGAUAAACUGUAUUUUAUCACACACAUGUAAUGUAGUUGUGUUAUCCAGUUAAUAUAUACCAUUAUAUAUAUGUCACAUUAUUUUUAUGUAUUAACUUUGUAAUAUGAUCUAUCAGCCCUGUGAUUGGUUGUAAGUUUCGAUUGUUUUACUUGUGACGUCACGCCAAGGACAAGUACAUGACUUACAGACUUGCGCACUUGAGUUAGAAUGGCGGCUUUUUACAUUUCAAGGUUGCAUGAAAAUUGUCGUUUUACACGAAUAAUUGCCACGAAAAUUGAAUA